GGCGCUCUGGUUCCGGUCUGCAAUUGCGCCAUUCGAUUGUGGAAAAUGCCACCAGAUGGCGGCUUAGGAUUGCUGCUCUUCUGAAAGGCGCGGUUCCGCUCGCGGUCCAAUUUCCAAUAAAAAACCUUCGCCGUUUUUAAAAUAUUUUCGAUUUUUUUUUCUUCCGGAGAGGGGCAAACGGUCCGGGAAUGGACGGCAAAGAUUGUGGGAUAUGACUUUCCUGAAGUCAUCUGAAUGCAGAAGAAGACAGUUCCAUUGCAUGUUCUCACACCUGUUUAAUAACGAUAAUAAAGCACUUGGAGAAAUCUCUGAAUUCUGUUAAAGCCCUCCUGAGGUGGAAACUACUUUACAAAAUGAUAACUUCAGAGUUACCAGUUUUACAGGACUCCACUAACGAGUCUGGGCAGGCCGAGACGGUCAGUCUGGCUGUCAGUGUGGCAGAGCUGGAAGACAAAGGCAAGAGGAAGAGGGGGCGUCCUGGCCGACCACCGUCCGCCAACAAGAAGCCGCGAAAGACGCCGGCGGAGAAGAGCCACGUGGGCGUCCCCCGGGGCAGGAAGGCCAACGGCGUGGCGCAGCAGAACGGGGAGGGCGACCCCGUCACCCUGUUCGAGGUGGUGAAGAUGGGCAAGAGCGCGAUGCAGUCUGUCGUGGAUGACUGGAUUGAGUCCUACAAACAGGACCGAGAUAUAGCACUUCUGGACCUGAUCAACUUUUUCAUUCAGUGUUCUGGUUGUAAAGGCACUGUAAGAAUUGAGAUGUUUCGCAACAUGCAAAAUGCAGAGAUCAUCCGAAAAAUGACAGAAGAAUUUGAUGAGGAUAGUGGUGAUUAUCCUCUCACUAUGCCAGGACCUCAGUGGAAGAAAUUCCGGUACAAUUUCUGUGAAUUUAUUGGAGUCCUGAUCCGACAGUGCCAGUAUAGUAUAAUUUAUGAUGAGUACAUGAUGGACACAGUAAUCUCUCUACUGACGGGUCUCUCGGACUCCCAGGUCAGAGCCUUCAGGCAUACCAGCACGUUGGCAGCUAUGAAGCUCAUGACAGCUCUCGUCAAUGUGGCCUUGAAUCUCAGUAUUCAUCAGGAUAACACACAACGACAGUAUGAGGCAGAGCGAAACAAAAUUGCUGGAAAGAGAGCCAAUGAGAAAUUAGAACUGCUGCUAGAAAAGAGAAAAGAGCUCCAAGAGAACCAAGAUGAAAUUGAAAACAUGAUGAAUUCAAUUUUUAAGGGCAUUUUUGUUCACCGUUAUAGGGAUGCUAUUGCUGAGAUCAGGGCUAUUUGUAUAGAAGAAAUUGGUGUGUGGAUGAAGAUGUACAGUGACGCUUUUCUAAACGAUAGUUACCUGAAGUAUGUGGGCUGGACACUGCAUGAUCGGCAAGGUGAAGUUAGGCUGAAGUGUUUGAAAGCUCUUCAAAACUUGUAUACAAACCGAGAACUCUUCCCCAAACUGGAGCUGUUUACCAACAGGUUUAAGGAUCGUAUUGUAUCGAUGACGCUUGAUAAGGAAUACGAUGUUGCGGUCGAGGCCAUCCGAUUGGUGACGUUAAUUCUGCAGGGGAGCGAAGACGCUCUGUCCAACGAGGACUGUGAGAACGUGUACCAUCUGGUGUACUCGGCACACCGCCCUGUGGCUGUGGCAGCGGGAGAGUUCCUGCAUCGGAAGCUGUUUAGCCGGCAUGAUCCCCAGGCAGAAGAGGCCUUGGCUAAAAGAAGGGGGAGAAACAGCCCAAAUGGAAAUCUCAUCAGAAUGCUGGUGCUUUUCUUCUUAGAAAGUGAGCUGCAUGAGCAUGCUGCGUAUUUGGUGGACAGUUUGUGGGAAAGCUCGCAGGAACUUCUGAAAGACUGGGAGUGCAUGACGGAGCUGCUGCUGGAGGAACCUGUGCAAGGAGAGGAAGUGCUGUCGGACAGGCAGGAGAGUGCACUGAUCGAGCUGCUGGUGUGCACCAUUCGGCAAGCAGCAGAGGCACACCCUCCAGUAGGCAGAGGGACUGGGAAAAGGGUUCUGACUGCCAAAGAGAGAAAAACACAGAUCGAUGACAAAAAUAAAUUAACGGAACACUUCAUUAUGGCACUUCCAAUGUUGCUUUCAAAGUAUCAGGCAGAUUCUGAGAAAGUGGCAAACCUCCUGCAGAUCCCUCAGUAUUUUGACCUUGAUGUGUACAGCGCUGGGAGGAUGGAGAAACACCUAGAUGCCUUGUUAAAGCAGAUCAAGUUUGUAGUGGAAAAGCACACUGAGACUGAGGUUUUGGAAGCCUGCAGUAAAACGUACAGCAUCCUGUGCAGUGAGGAGUACACCAUCAUGAACCGAGUGGACAUUGCCCGCAGCCAGCUGAUUGACGAGAUGGUGGAUCGCUUCAGCCACUCGGUGGAGGACCUGCUACAGGAGGGUGAAGAGGCAGAUGACGACGACAUUUACAAUGUGCUUUCCACUCUCAAGAGGCUAACAGCAUUUCAUAAUGCACAUGAUCUUACGAGAUGGGAUUUGUUUGGGAAUUGCUACAGGUUGCUGAAGACUGGUAUUGAGCAGGGAUCAAUGCCAGAGCAGAUUGCAGUACAGGCUCUGCAAUGUUCCCAUUACUCUAUUUUAUGGCAACUAGUCAAGAUAACAGAAGGUUCCCCAUCCAAGGAUGAUCUUAUUGCACUAAGAAGAGUUGUCAAAUCUUUCCUCGCGGUCUGUCAGCAGUGCUUGUCCAAUGUCAACACUCCAGUCAAGGAACAGGCCUUCAUGCUGCUGUGCGAUCUCCUCAUGAUCUUCAGCCAUCAGCUGACCACAGGGAGCAGGGAAGGGCUGCAGCCUCUGGUUUUUAAUCCAGACACGCAGUUGCAGAACGAGCUCCUCAACUUCGUUCUGGACCAUGUUUUCAUUGAUCAAGAUGAGGAGAACCAAAGCAUGGAGGGUGACGAAGAGGAUGAAGCUAACAAGAUCGAGGCCUUACACAAGAGGAGGAACCUGCUGGCGGCCUUCAGCAAGCUCAUCAUCUAUGACAUUGUUGACAUGCACGCAGCUGCUGACAUCUUCAAACACUAUAUGAAGUACUACAACGAUUAUGGGGAUAUCAUCAAAGAAACGCUAAGUAAAACAAGGCAAACGGACAAGAUUCAGUGUGCAAAAACUCUCAUCCUCAGCUUGCAACAGCUCUUUAAUGAGCUUAUUCAGGAUCAAGGCCCGAACCUGGACAGAACAUCUUCUCAUGUCAGUGGAAUUAAGGAGCUGGCUCGCAGAUUCGCACUUACAUUUGGUCUGGACCAGAUCAAAACGAGAGAGGCUGUUGCAACUCUGCACAAGGAUGGUAUAGAGUUUGCCUUCAAAUUCCAAAACCCGAAAGGCCCAGAAUUUCCUCCUCCAAACUUGGCUUUUCUUGAAGUGCUCAGUGAAUUCUCCUCCAAGCUGCUUCGUCAGGACAAGAAGACUGUCCACUCGUACCUGGAGAAGUUCAUGACGGAGCAGAUGAUGGAGCGGCGGGAGGACGUGUGGCUGCCCCUCAUCUCCUACAGGAACUCCCUCCUGACUGGCGGCGACGAGGACAGGCUGUCCGUGACCAGUGGGAGCAGCAGUAGCAAGGCUGCCUCCGUGCGCAGCAAGAAGGGCCGACCGCCACUUCACAAGAAGCGGAUAGAUGAGGAAAAUGUGGAAGGUUCCUGGCUCAUGAGAAAUGAUACCAUCCAGACCCCUGGAGCUCUACAGACUCCACAGCUGACAUCCACAGUUCUUCGGGAAAACCCCCGGCAAGCCCCUGAGCACAUACCGGACCAAGACUCUGAGCCAGGUUCUGAAACGGACUACGUGCACAACCAACAAAUGCAGAUGUCCUGGUUAGGGCAGCAGAAGCUGGAGGAGGUCAACCGGAAAGACCGAGGAGGCAUGAACUACAUGAAAGCCAGAAGUGGAGUAAGGCAGACUGUUCGUGGCCUCAUGGAAGAUGAUGCAGAGCCGAUAUUUGAGGAUGUGAUGAUGUCAUCACGUGGGCAGCUGGAGGACAUGAAUGAAGAGUUUGAAGACACCAUGGUCAUCGACCUGCCUCCAUCAAGGAACAGACGAGAGAGGGCAGAACUGAGACCAGAUUUCUUUGACUCUGCAGCUAUUAUAGAGGAUGACUCGGGCUUUGGGAUGCCUAUGUUCUGAAGACUGAGGAAGAGGCUUCAGAAACUCAGAAGUCUGGAGCAAGGGGCCUUCAUACUGUGAUUGCUUGUUAUAAAACAUUCAAAAAAUUGAUCAGUUAUAUUUUAACAUAAAAUAUAAAAAGGAAUGAUCAGUGGGAAGAAGCAGGAAAAAGGCUGAAAAGGAUCAUUGCCAUUGUGGUGACUGUUGGUACCUCCCAGAGAUGACUGGAUGGAGAAAAAUGUUAUUAACAGUGGAGGUGCUGGUGCUACAGUGUUUUAAGGUGUUCCUCAAAAUAGACACCACAAAGUUUUCUUUGAAAUAAAUCAGAAUAACAUUUAUAUUAAAAAAAAACAAACAAGCUGUACAUUUUUAAAACAAAACCAGUUCAUUCAUCCUGUUUAAAAAUAACUUUUUAAAAACUCAUGCCUAUCCUGUUAAUUAGCCACGUUGCAAUACAACAGCAUCUGAAUCACACUGGAUUUGGUUAACAUUGUGGUACGCUUUUUAAUUCAUUCAUUGGAAUUCGGAUUCCACUAUCCCACGUUUUAAAGAUGUAAAUGUUUGAAAUAACUGCUGCUGACCACUGUCAGCUUUCUUGACACUGUACAGCCACUUACAGUUCAGCUUCCUUUUUGUUCACCAUGUUUUGCAUACAAAUAUAAAAGGUUUACACUUAGUCUGCAAAAAAAAACUGAUUUUUAAGACUCCUUUAUUUAGCUGAAACACUGUGUAGAUGUCCCCCCAGCUCCAGGGUAAUUCAAUAAUGUUGAAAUUUUAAGUGAUUAAUUCAUGCAAAGGCUAAUUAUGCCUUCAUAAUUAACACUACUUUGGCUGAUUUAAGUUCUUAUGCUGUCUGAUAUUGUCCAUGGGGAUGGAAAAAUAGUUCUGCAACUCAUCUCUUCUGCAAUCCCUUGGAAAGAACAGAAUACCUAGAUUUUUCUGAAUUUCUGUCAUCCAUAUUUAUUGGAAAUAAAUCUUUGUAUCUUUGUGUAUAGUAUUGUUGAAAUACUGCAGCAGCUUGAUAGCUCAAAUUUUAAUCUUAACAGUUCCUGACAGGAUUCUUUUAAACCAAUAAAACUUCUGGAUCUCAUUUUACAGCAAAAACAGAAACCAAGCAUUUUUACAUGUACAGUUAAAAGUUAACUCUCACAAGUAUUUUCCAGAAAUGUCACACGGAUCAUGUACCUGGGUUUUUAAAUGAAUAAAGUAAAAAUAUUUUGAAUUUUAGUAGUUUUAGUAUGAAGUUUUGAAUCAAGUGAGAUUUUUGUCAAAUGUUUGUACAGUUAUAUUUGGACAGAUCUGUUGCCAAAUGAUAGUGGACUACAUGCUAAUCCAGCUUUCAGCGUGCCAGACAAACUCUAAAACGACUGCGGCGAAAUUGAAGGCAGUCUAAAAUGUGGGAUUGGUUUUGGAGCUUUGUUGGCUAUAAAGUGGUUGGAUUAAAAUGUCACUACUGUAGUUCUGUGGGCAUAGAAGCAUAGUAGAUGCUGCAUGGUUUGAGUCCUAGUCGCAACAAACCUUGUGCUUCGCAGUCACCUGUAUCACAAUGGAAUUCUAAUUUAGACAGUAUUGUAGAGUGCAUAACAAAGGUUUCAUAUCUAGGUACCUUCAUGGUGGGUUUCAAAUUCAGUUCUGAUUCAAUAGCUUUUAUAUUUCGAGUGUCUCCUUGAUUGGUUUUGCUAGUAAUCCUGUAAAUUGUACAUUUUCAAUAUUAAAAAAGUUUUCUUUUUGUACAAUUUAAAGCUGAUGGCGUCACUUUCCUUUAAUAAACUGUUCUAAAACUGUU